CAGAAAUGACAGCUAUAAAACAUACAUUACAUAGGGACGUCUUUCUACCUAAUGAUGAACAACUGGUAGCAUUUGUUCAUGUCACAAAAGUGGGACGGAAAAAGAAAAAUAGUUUUCUUUGUGCUGUUUUAUCAACAGAUAUUACCCCUGUACAGCCAAGAGUAUACCAAGUGAAGAAGGCUGACAAAGGGGAGUCAUAUAAGAAAAAGUUGUCAUGGUUACUGAGAGAACUAAGAACUGUUGAUGGGAAAAGUACAAAUAAGGAAACAGCAGAAUUUGAUCUCCAUUUUGAGAAAAUAUUUAAAUGGAGUGCAAGUAGUGUGGCAGAGAAAGAAUCUUUUCUUUCCACUCUCUGGAAGUUAAGCCAAAGAUACUUAAUACAAAAGGCAGAUUUUGUUAAUGUACCAAGACAUUUACUUCAAGAAGUAAGUAGACCAACAGAACGAGUAACACAAGCAGCAGAUGAUAUCGAGGUCUUACAAGAAGAUUAUCAAGCAUUAUCAUCUAAAGAAGAAUCAGACCUUGACCAGUUAAUGUCAGAAUGUCAGGCAGCUAUUAGUAAUGCUGAGGUGUUUUCUGAAAACUUGUCAAAACAGCUGUCAGUCUUAGAUGGGGCCAACAUACACUCCAUAAUGGGUUCAGAAGACCAAGUUCUCAAUCUAAUGAGAUUGUUAGACGAUGGAAUAAAUCAGGCAGAGAGUAUUGAAGGCAAACUAGAAUCCUAUGAUAACAUAUUACAGAAUGUAAAAGAACAGAUGGAAGUGAUGAAAGAUAAGGAUACACUGAUAAAAGUCAGGAAUACAAACCAUCAGAAACUACUGGAAGAACUGGAUAAUGUUGUGACACAACUAGACUUGGAUACCAAACAUCUGAAGGCUUUACAGGAUGGUGAACUGUCAACUCCUAAUGGAAUCUAUGAGUGUACUGCUGCUGCUCUAGCACUCCAUAAAUGUGUCAAUAUUAAUAUUCAUCCAGCCUUAACAAAGAUGGCCGCUGUAGAGGAACAACAGAAGAAGUUCACCAAGUUUGCUGCUGGUUUUGCCAAAAGACUUGCCCAUCAUCUAAAUAAUUUAUUUAUACAUCAGGGUAAUGAAAUGGGAGAGACAUUAUCCAGACAAGCUGCUGAGUAUAAACUCACACCACAUCAUACCCGCCAUAGAGAUCUUACUCCUUAUGCUGAUUUAAUGGCUUGGCUUAAAGCGGCUGAUUCAAAGACAUUCACUGACCUCUCAAAGGUUUAUACAGAGAGUUUGAGUAAAUUGUAUAAAAAAGAAGUUCAAGAUUUUAUAGAAUUUUCUAAACAAAGAUUAACCACAAUCCCAGAUAGAGUAAAACUAGGUGCACAAGCAGCCUCAAUGUUGUCAGGAUCAUCAACAAGUUUACAGAGAUUUGAGGCCAGUAGAAAGAGAUCAGGCUCCAUGCAGAGUGUAGAUUCAGCAACUGUUUCAUUCCAUGGGUCAGAUGCAGAUAUAGCCAGUCGCCAUUUCUUUGAUCAGGUACUGGAUAAACUUUUGAGCGAGUUGGAGCCAUUUUGUUUGGCAGAACAAGAUUUUUGUGUCCGAUUCUUUCAUCUGAUUGGAGAUCCAAUGAAGGAUGAAAAGGAACAAGUCAAUGAAGAAGAGGCUGAGACAGGAGAUAUAUGGAUGCCAAGAAAAGAAAUCCCUGUCAUAGAAGUUGAGCAUGUAGCUAAGGAAUAUUUUAUGGAAAAUUUAGGUGAAGGUUUAUAUCAGAAACGUAGAACUGUUCUAAUGAGGCAGAUAAAUGAAGAAGUAAGAAAAAUGAUGGGUGAAUUAUUUACCAAUCUGGAGGAAGAAUUGGAGGGGUUUAUUUUCUAUGCUGAUAAAUUGGAUGGAUUUUACUCCAUGUACAUGCUAGUAAGAAUGAGUCAACAUGUAAACAAUGCACAAGAUGCUGGUUCAUUCCUUAGUGUUACAUUUGCAAGCUGUUUGGUGAAGAUAAAGAGAAACUUUGAUAAAUUUGUUCAAAACCAAAUAGCUGCAAUUGAAGAAUAUAAAGUUCAGAAGAAAAGCAGAUGUGGUAUCAUUGGAUUUGUACAUAAUUUUGGGGAGUUUGCUAAUCAGGCAGAGAGUAUAUUUAAAGGAUCAGACAGACACACUCAUCUAGACAAGUCUUACUCUGCUCUAGUUAAAGUUGUGUUUCAACAAAUUGACAGGGUAUCAACAGAACAUGGGAAAACACCGAGAGAAGUUGUUAUGUUAGAAAAUUUUCAUCACAUGGGUUCUGUGUUGUCACAGUUAAAGAUACCAUGUUUAGAUGGGGAUAGAAAGGAGGCAAAGCAGGUUUAUCAAGACAACUUAUCAGUUUACACUACAAACUUACUGGGUAGACCACUGGAGAAAAUUCAGGUAUUUUUUGAAGGAGUAGAGAGUAAAAUUGCCUCAGGUGUUAAACCAGAGGAAGUUGGAUACCAGUUAGCUUUCAGUAAACAGGAACUAAGAAAAGUUAUCAAGGAAUAUUCUGGAAAAGAGGUGAAGAAAGGCUUGGACCAUGUUUACAAAAAAGUCGAAAAACAUUUAUGUGAAGAAGAAAAUUUGUUACAGGUAGUAUGGUUUUCAAUGCAGGAGGAGUUUAUCAAACAAAUCAAACAUUAUGAGGACCUUAUAAAUAAAUGUUAUCCAGAUUCCGGUAUAUCAUUAUCAUUUAGUGUCACUGAUGUUCUUCAAUUCUUCUCAGAAAUAGCUCAGGCACAUUGAGUGGUCAGUUGCAGAAAAAUACAAAGGCAAAAGAUUUCUAGGCUGAGAGAGUAUACACAUCUAUACAAAUAAAUAAAGGCAACAGUAGUAAUGCAUAAGUGUUUAAAAUCAUUUCCCAUAGUUUUGGCUACCUUCAUCAGUUAAAAAAUUUAUUAACUAUAUGUGAGUGAUAUGUACCACCUGAUGAGAAGUUAAAACACUGAAUAUGCUAUAAAG